AUGACACAAGCACCACAGAAAGCACAAGAGCGUCUUGCUCAGAUUGGAAACCACCUCGGUGGUAGCCCAGACUCUGGCUCUGGCUCUGGCUCUGGCUCUGGCUCUGGCGGUAAAGGAAAGUCGAGUGUGCUUGAGAAGCAUGCUGAUGAUGUCGUCGUUACCUGCGCCCUCCGAACACCCAUCACCAAGGGUGGCAAGGGUGGCUUCAAGGACACCCAGAGCGCCGAUCUCCUCCACGGCGCCUUCAAGGCUCUCAUUGAGCGCUCUGGUAUCGACCCCAAGCUCGUUGAAGACAUCGCCGUUGGUACUGUCCUCGCCCCAGGCGGCGGAGCCACAGAGUUCCGUGCAGCCGCCCUCGCAGCCGGCUUCCCCGUUACCGCGGCUGUCAAGAGCCUGAACAGGCAAUGCUCGUCUGGUCUGCAAGCCUGCGUCGACAUCGCAAAUGCCAUCAAGAGCGGCAUGAUCGAGAUCGGCGUUGGUGCUGGCUCGGAGAGCAUGUCUACACAAUACGGCCCCAAUGCUGUUAGCGAGCUCAGCGAGCUCCUUGAGAGCAACAAGGAGGCCGCCAACUGCAAAGUGCCCAUGGGUGUGCUGUCUGAAAAGAUGGCCAAGGACAAGAAGAUCACACGCGCGGACCAGGAUGCGUUUGCCGCAAAGUCGUUCCAGAAGGCUGUCGAGGCGCAGAAGCAGGGUCUCUUCGAUGAGGAGAUUGCUCCUUUGACCGUCAAGUGGACUGACCCCAAGACCGAUGAGGAGAAGACCAUCACUGUCUCCAAGGACGACGGUGUCCGUGAGGGCAUCACCGCCGAGUCUCUGGGUAAGAUCCGUGCUGCUUUCGCAAAGGACGGCUCCAUCCACGCUGGCAACGCGUCGCAGAUUUCCGAUGGCGCCGCCGCCGUUCUGCUGAUGAAGCGCAGCACCGCUGAACGCCUCGGCCAGAAGAUCAUCGGCAAGUUCGUCCAGGCAUCCAUCGUCGGCGUUCCCCCUCUACUCAUGGGCGUCGGUCCCGCUGCUGCCAUUCCCGUUGUCCUCGAGAAGACGGGCCUGAACAAGGAUGAAGUCGACAUCUACGAGAUCAACGAGGCGUUUGCUAGUCAAUGUCUGUUCUGCAUCAACGAGCUGGGCCUCGAUCAGAAGAAGAUCAACCCCAAGGGCGGCGCCAUUGCGUUCGGCCACCCGCUGGGUGUCACAGGCGCAAGGCAGGUCAGCACACUGCUGACCGAGCUGAGGAGGACGAAGCAGAAGAUUGGUGUCACGAGCAUGUGCAUUGGCACCGGUAUGGGUAUGGCUGCUGUUUGGGUCGCCGAGUAA